UACCCAAUACAAUGGAAAGACAAGCGGCAUUGAGAAAGUUCUUAUUUAUUGCGAUCUUCGUCUGUGCCUUCUAUAAUGGAGUCUAUGGAAGAAGAGCUUCUCAUCAAGAGAUCAAUAUGAAGUUAAAGACUCUUAAUAAGCCUGCAUCUAAGACUAUCAAAAGCGAAGAUGGAGAUAUAAUCGAUUGUGUAGAUAUCUAUAAACAACCUGCUUUUGAUCAUCCUGCCUUAAGAAAUCACAAGAUUCAGAUGAAACCAAGUGUGGAGUUUGUUUCAAAGAAGACAAAUAGUCCCACGGACGGUUCUUCAAAACCUAUCACAUCCCAAACUUGGUCCAAAUCUGGUGGAUGUCCCGUAGGGACAGUACCAAUUCGUAGAGUCAGUAAAGAAGACUUACGUAGAGCCUCUUCACUGUCUCAAUUCGGAAGAAAAACUCCUCAAGUAUACGAUUUUCGCGAUAAAGCAAACCAACUCAAGGCUAAUAAUAUCAAUGGAACUGCUGAAAAAUCAUACAAUCCUCGUCCGAAAAACCGAUCGGAGGCGAUUCUUAUCGCGACAGGGAAUUAUCUUGGCGCUCAAUCCGAUAUAAAUACUUGGAACCCUCAAGGAGUUCAAUGUAGCGACUACAGCUCUGCCCAAAUAUGGCUACUUGCUGGUUACCCGGAAAUAUCUGAAAGCAUAGAAGCUGGUUGGAUGGUGAAUCCAGCUGUUUUUGGAGACACUCGCACACGGCUCUUCACUUACUGGACUAAUGAUGCAUAUAGUAAAACAGGCUGCAUCAACCUCUUAUGUUCAGGCUUCGUGCAAAUAAGUACUAAAGUAGCCCUUGGCGCAACCAUAGACCCUGUUUCGAGUAUCUCCAGUACCCAAUAUCACAUGUCCAUUAGCAUAAAUUUGGAUCCGGACAGUGGGAACUGGUGGCUAACAUACAAUGAGUUUGUGUUAGGAUACUGGCCAGGGACACUCUUCCAAGACCUAAGACAAAACGCCACCACAGUGCAAUGGGGUGGAGAAGUCUAUAGCCCUAACGUGAGGAUGAAGCCACACACCAAAACUCCAAUGGGAAGUGGAGAUUGGGCUUAUAACCUCUAUGGCAAAGCUUGUUUCCACACAAACAUUAGGAUCAAGGACAAUUCAUGGCAAGUCAAGUUUCCCAAAGUUCUCGUCGAGUUCUCGGAUGAGAAAGAGUGUUAUUCUACAUUGCUCAACCGUAAGAUGGACAAGUCAGAGCCGAUGUUUUACUUUGGAGGACCUGGUCAGAAUCCUCGAUGUCCUUGAGGCUUUACUUCAUCGUACAGUUUAGUCUCGUAUCAAACCAGAAUAAAAGAAAAAAACUCUUUAAAAUUUGGUUAACUCGGUUAAAAUUCGGUUUACUAGUUAAAA